AUGCGAAUCUUUCCGCGAGGGUACUGCGGUUUCAGCAGUAGGUUUUGGAUUUGUAGUUGAAGUUACUGAGUUGUUUGCUAUCUCAGAAGCAGCUUGAAUGGCUCUCUUUUCCAACUGAGUUAUACCACAUCUUGAAACCUUAAACCUUGCUAGAUAGGGAGCCUUAGCUGCCGAUUGCAUAGGAGUGCCAGAAUUAUAGUCAAUUUCUAGAACAAUAGCAUCAGGAUUCGAAGGAAGAUAACAUCCCGGUUGAAGUUUGAUCUUCUUCAGAGCUUCCAGGCAAGCCUUCUUGCGUUCUGGGCCCUUUGGAUAGGGUCGAAUCUCCCCAGACACUGAAGUGAUUUGAUCGAAGAAUUCGAACUCGCGUUUGUAGAAUUCAAGAGCGGGACCAGAAAAGCACUUUGUGAUUUCUUCCGACAACCAUUCGAGUUGAGAACCAAUAUCAAUGUCCUUUUCACGACCUUCCUCGUCCCGAUAAAUAUUGGUCUUCAUGUUCCAGAGCAACUGAUGUGCGAGGAGUGGUGA